UGAUAGAUACGGGUUCUUUCGGAGGACAAAUGACAGACAAGCGUCCGCACUCAAAACGCGUUUGAAUGUCCUUAUCGCUUCGGCGUUCAGUCAGCAUCAUCAGCACCACGACGAUGCUGAACAGCGACAGAGGAAUGAUCGCUGUUGUGAGCGAAGGAGAGCGAUUGAGACAGAUUGUGGACGCUGUAGCCUACAUUAGCUAGGGUUUGCGCUUCGUGUAUAAAGCCUAGCCAUACAAAACAGAAGAAAACGCUGCAGUUUUUCCCAUGAGGUGAUAAAAAAAACGGCGGGAUUGCAAUGUGUUCUGCAUGGAUCUUGUUUUAAACCAUCUACGGAUGCAUCAUUCCUCCAGCGCCGGCAUAUAAAAACCGAAGAAACGCGCGAGGAAAGAUGCGGGAGAGCACCGCAGGACUGGACUGCCGAUGAGAUUCUGGAGAUUACCCACAGACUCGCGCCUCACAAUCAGCGGCUGGGGCGGUCGCGGAGCCGGCAGGUAUGAACCAUUGUCCACUUCUGUGCCGCUCUGAACGAGCAUACCUCAGCGUAGGCAACAACAACAACAAACCACUCGACCGCCACCCAUAAAACGACAUCAACGCCGCCUCCGACGGUUUCUGCCUCUCCUUCUCUUGUGACAUGACAGCACGGGGCAGAACGCGGAGGAUCAAAGGGCACAGACCUGCAGGCGGACGCGUGGAUUCCAAGAGGAAAGGUGCCGGGCGCACGCUGGGGCUCCAGCCCGAAGGAGCUCGGAUUGCUGCUUCUGGGGACAAACACGCAGAGCAGUGCCGCGCGCUGACACGAGCACGUCGGGGAAGAUCCGUGAAAGGGAGUCGGUGUAUCCUCUCCAGUCGCCCCAGUCCCCGUUUCGUCAACUCGUUAUCUCCCCAAAAACCCAUCUUAAAAACAGCAGCGGUGCGCUUAAGCUAUCCGAUUAAUCAAAUGUGACCGUUAUCUUUUUUUAAAAUUCAUGUUCAAUAUGCUUGGUUUUGUUGGUCUAUUGAACUGACAUGAUUAUUGACGACUUUACACGCUUGUGGGGCUGAAUGGAAUCUGACCGAAAUUGAUGCGCCUGUUGGCCGGUUCUCAGGUGUCUCCCCCCUUGGCUGGCUGUUUGGACUCUGACUCUAAGCAGCGCGAUGGGUUGCAUCCAGAGCGUCGCCUGCAAGUCACGCAUCAAGCGAGAAAACAUCGUUGUCUACGACGUCUCUGCCACCAUAGACCAGUGCCCGACAAUAAUCGAGGAGAACUCGCCGAUUGUGCUGCGCUACAAGACGCCUUACUUCAAGGCCUCCGCGCGCGUGGUGAUGCCCCCCGUUCCCCGCAAUGAAACGUGGGUGGUGGGCUGGAUACAGGCUUGCACGCAGAUGGAGUUUUAUAACACUUAUGGGGACAUCGGCAUGUCGAGCUGGGAGCUGCCGGAGCUCCGGGAGGGGCGGGUGAAGGCCAUCAGCGACUCGGACGGCGUGAGCUACCCCUGGUACGGCAACACCACGGAGACGGUGACGCUGGCGGGCCCCACCCACAAGCCGCUGCGCUUCACCGUCAGCAUGAACGACAACUUCUACCCGAGCGUGACGUGGGCGGUGCCCGUGAGCGACAGCAGCGCGCCGCUGCUCACCCGCAUCACGCGCGACCAGAGCUUCACCACCUGGCUGGUGGCGCUCAACGCCGGCAGCAAGGAGAGGAUCCUGCUGCAGACCAUCAAGUGGCGCAUGCGCGUGGACAUCGCCGUGGACCCCGCCCGCCCGCUGGGCUCCCGGGCCGCGCUGGCGGGGGGGGGGAGGCCCCAGCAGGACCAGCCCCGCGUGCUCACCCACAUGGAGCCCAUACCGCCCAACGCGCUGUCCCGCCCCAACGCCAACGACGCCCAGGUGCUCAUGUGGAGGCCCAAGAGGGGGCCGCCCCUGGUGGUGAUACCGCCCAAGUGAAGAGCGGCUGGGGGGGGGGGGGGGCAGGCAUCUGCGGGAAUGGACCCACCAACAUUGGGGAGUGAGAACAUACAGUGGCCUGAUAUUUACAAAAUGAAGAACAAGAAAAAAAAAAAAACUGCCUUAAAUUUCUCCAACAAACGCCUUCUCUGCCAUUGGAAUGGAAGCAGUGCAUCAUGGGAUAUCUGGAAAGCUAACCGCUAACCCUGCACAGGUUGGGGAAUCUGCCUUAAACUGCCUCAAGAACUGGGGACAGACAGAAGCGACUGCUUUCAGGAGGAGCCAUUUUGUGUAGUUUAACGAGCCGGUCUAGUCCUGGUGGUCACAGUACCGAGUCACGAUGGGGGACGGAACUAACAAGCUACUGGUGCCACCCGAGUGAACGACGGGAACAAAUUGAAUGAACAGCAGAGACCGUAAACCGCAGCUAACGCAGGUCUGUACAGUCGCUGGACAGUUUGCCUUACAGCCAGAGUGCUGAUCGAAUCACUGCAGGGCAGACCCUGACAACAGAGCACAAGCAGGUGAAACCUGUCAAUCAUACUUGGGUCAAAUGCACAUUUGGAACACGUGUUUGGAACAUGCUUAGGCGGUGGUAAAAUUCGAAAAACAAACAAUCACGCGUGGGAGGAUUCCCGAGAAUAUGCAGCAAAACGUGUGACCAAAUGAAAAUGUACAAUCAUAUGAAAGAUGUAUGUGUAUUGUUCCAGUGAAGAUAAGAUGUUUUUAAAACAAAACAAAAAAAAAAAAACUGUCAGUAUUUUG